AUGCAUACCUCUCUGCAAGUCAUAGUGACCCUGCUCGACCUCGUUCCUCUUAUCGCUGCCAUUCCGUCUUUCAUUGGGCACACUCGCAGCGACAACUUCACUAGGCUGCCACCGAGUGUAUCCACUUAUCAGCAAGAGCUCGGGCCCCGCUUGUCCAAGAAUGCUACGCUUUACUUUCCGAAUAGUGCCGGCUACAUAAACGACACGGAAAGGUGGGCUGCGAAUACGAAAUCAAACUUCUCCGUCGUUGUUGUACCGGGGACAGCUCAAGAUGUAGCGGCAACGGUCAGUUUCGCGGACACCUACAAUGUACCUUUCCUUGCGGUCAAUAAAGGUCACGGUGGUGCGGCUGGAUUGGCGACGGUCUACAACGGCAUUCAGAUUUACAUCCGCGCUCUAGAUGACAUUGAGGUUUCAGAGGACGGUAAUUCUGCCUCAAUGGGUGGUGGCGUUUAUCAGGAUCAGCUCGUCAAUUAUCUUUUUGAUCGAGGCAAAGCUGCAUCUUCUGGAGCGUGUGCUUGCACCGGUGUCAUGGGUCCUGGUCUCGGUGGCGGAUUUGGUCGUUUCUCAGGGUAUUAUGGUUUAGUCUUGGACAGUAUUAUAGAGCUGGACGUUGUCUUGGCCAACGGCUCAAUAAUCACCGUCUCCGAAUCCUCUCAUUCAGAUCUCUUCUGGGGCAUGCGAGGCGCUGGGCAUAACUUCGGCAUCGUCACUCGCUUCAGCUACAAGAUUUAUGACAUCCCGCAUCCAGAUUGGUUUUUUUCAACCAUGACUUUUACGAACGAUAAGCUGGAAGCAGUUUUCGAAGCACUGAAUACUUUUGGUGCGAAUGGCACUCAGCCAAAGGAGGCAGUGACUUAUACUCUUUACACCCUGAAUCCUGAGAUAAGCGCUACUGAGCCAGUGGUCAUCUUUGUCCUCCAGUUCGGUGCUUCAGCGGCCGAGGCAGCACCCAUACUAGCCCCAUUUUUCGCGCUGAAACCCCUCUCAGCAACAAAUGAGACUGUACCUUACACCGGUGCAGCGCACGCCGCGGGCGCUGGCGAUACGGAUGCGACUUGUCUGCCGGGAGUCAGCGCGCAGUUGUACCCUGUCGGCUUGCAAACUUAUAACAUCAGCACUAACCGGGCCAUAUACAAUCUGUACAAAACUAUGGUCAAUGAGAACCCGGGUUUGAACACCUCUAUCGUUCAAUUUGAGGGAUACGCGCAGCAAGGGAUCAGAGCUGUUGAGCCGGACAGCACGGCCUAUGCCCAUCGCGGGGAUAGUUUGCUUGUGUACGUUGUCCCCCAUUCCCUACCCUCGUGCAAACUUCACUCUAACACAUAA